UAUAAAUUAUCUUAAUAUACCCCUUACUUCAAUUGCCAUGAACAGAUCCACCACUUCCACCACUACGAACUCGUCCAUGUCCACGUUGACCAUUUUGGCCUUGUCCUUGCUGACCUUGCUCAUGUACAUAUUGCUCUCGUUGCCCUUGUUCAUAGUGGCCUUGCGCAUGCUGGCCGUGUCCAAUUAGUGCUGCCGCAACUAAAUGUGUCAAUUAAUCCAUAAAAUAAUUUCAUGUGGAUUAUAUUCAAGCCACUUACUUUCAUUUCGAAUCGCUUGAUCAAAAUUAUGAAGUCGAUAGAGAUAAUAGCGAAGUAUUUGCAUAUCUGCCAAAAGUUUGGUUUGUUGGGUUUUGUUAAUUCCAAGAAAGUUGCGUAUUUGUUGUUCCAAGUUAGGGUUGCCCUAACGAAUUUGAAAUUAAAAUUAUAUAUAGUUGAAUAAUGUAAAGCGGUUGGUUCCGUUCCCUAGUGGUUGUGGUUCUGGUGUGAUAAACAGCGUUGAGUAGUUGCAAUCAUGGAUGAACUCCGCAAAGUAUAGAACAAAGGGUUUCGCACCCAGUUGAAUGAAUGAAGUUGUCGCUGAAAGAAUGAGAGCUGGGUGCGGCGCGACGGUAUGAACCGCACAGCUGUCGGGAGGUUGAAUUAGACUGAAUAAAGUGAAGAGGAGCUGAGCUAGUCGGGAGGUAGCUGAGCUGGAAUAUCCCGGGAAUCCCUCAAUCUUCUAAAAUGUGAUCCUCUCUAGUGGGCGAAAGGAUGGAACCAAAGCUCUGUAGAUUG